AUGAAAAGGUGGUUUAAAAGUAAAUUUAAUGAAAUCGGCGAAAAGGCCGUAGAUUCUAUGGUCAAUUUGAUAUUGUCAAAAAACUCAGCUCCUAUAAAUCUUUCUAAUCAGAAUCCUAUUAUCAAUGCUAUCACAAAAAGUGUUAAUUCGAAGUUUACUGUUAAACAGCCAAACACUAAGCUCAUUGACGACAACCUCGAAAGAUUUCCGUCAAUAUGCGAUUUGAACAUAUUUGUUAGCGAAGGUUUGUUUUUAUUGGUUUCGGACGGAAGUAUGGCACACACUAAAUACUUUUCUAAUAUUAACAAAAAUGCCGCUAAUUCAACCGGUAACUGUUCAAACACUGCAUCGAAUUAUACCACAGUCAGUGACAUUGAUCAAUCAAGUAAGCAUGGAAUUAGCUCGAUAAGGCACACAAUGAUCGUAGACGAGAAGAAGAAUAAAAUCGAGUUUGAUACUGUCGGUUCAGUGAAGCCUAAGUUCUGUAAAUAUAAAAUUGAGAUCGAGAUGAACAAUAGAUCAUACGAAAGCGAAAAGAAGAAUAUGUACGAGGAUUUUAACAGAGUUAUAUUCGAUUACUCGUUCACAGGAAAGGUGUAUAACAUAAACACGGAUGUUUUAAUAUCAGUUUGGUGUCAUCUUGACUUAAAUAAGUAUACGGAACCGCAAAUAGAUGAGCCAUUAAUGAAGAAGCCAAUGCAGCCGAGAAAGAUAUCGACUGUACAGUGCCCAUCAAUAUACGCACCUAAAAUAUCGGCACAUACAUACAAACCAGGAAAUGAAGGAUCAUUAACUGAUGAUCGUAGCAUGGGCGGAGACUCUACAAUAUCGCAAACCUCAUACUCUAACACUGUAUACGAAUAUUCGGCACUGAAUUGCAAGAAUGUAAAAGUAGCUGCCGAAGAAACAGAAAUUAAUAAUAAAGAUAAGGAGAUUAAGGAUUCUACAAAUGAAAAUAACAAUUAUAUUGACAAUUUUGACUUAGAUGACCUAUUGAGUAUAGGAGAAGAUGAGCCAGUACGUGAAAAGAAGAUUGAGGACAAGUUCACAAGAAAAAUCGGAAGAGCAGUUUUAUCGGUACCACUUCUGCUGUCGUCGUUUAAGCCAGAAGGAUCAUUGAACAUACAUGAAGACCUUAAGUUCUUAUUUAAGUAUUCGAAACAAGUCUUAUCAGUAAACAUUAAUAAUUGUGGGAAUGAACGGUCAAGUAAAAGAAGAAGCACACAAAGAGAUUGUAUAUAUCGUACAUCAGAUCGACAGUCUAGAAAAAGUCAAUCUGACUCUGAUUACACUAAAAGCAGGUACAGAAUAAGGAGUUGCUUCUGGCUACAACUACUGCCGUUUAACGAGAACGAUGAUUAUAAGUUCGUAAGACCAUACUGUGGAUACCCCUUAUACGGAAUGAGAAACCCUGUGGACUCUAUAGGGUUCCUACUAGUGACAGUUGAGCUCGGAUUUGAUGUAAACCCAAGUCUGUUGCCGAUAAUAAACAACCUGGUUCCACACAGUCACUGCUGGACAGUGGCAAAAAACUUUGAAAUUUUCCACAUAUCACAGGUGGCGGACAGGUGCAUAGUAUACUUCACAAAUAUUCCAAUUUGGGUGACGAGACUGCUUUUCGGUGGCACACACUACAUCUAUAACCACAACUACAUCGAUAACUACAUUGAAAAGAAGCUGAGAAAGGCAAUGAAAAAGAAACUAGCGGAUCGAGAGAAGAAAGCACGUAAAAAGAAAGAAUCAACUGUAGAAAAUCAGAAAUAUGAACCAAGUGAUAGUGACGAUGAUGGAAAGGACAACAAAAGUGACUCGAGUGAAAUUGAUAAUAAAAUAUAUCACGUUGAGACAUGUCAGCUCGACGGAAUAGAUUUGUUUUUCAUAAUCCCAUUCUGGUUUAUAAUCUUUGAGAUUGUGGUUCAAAGCACACUAUGGACAAUACCACUCUUGUUGUUUUUUAUGCUAUUGUUAAUCAUACUGUACUAUCAAGUCGUCAUGAACAGGUUCACAGCGUUUGGCGACAGAAUAAGUGCAAUGAAGUCACUAAACUCAAACGGGCUACUGGGAGAAUACAUAGGGGUUGGAAGGAUCAAGUACAAGAGCUGUGGCUUGCUUUCCAGUGACAAGUCGUUCUUGCACAACCUGGACAAAUUGGUUAGUGGACACACGUCAAGUCAGACUACAUCGCCAGUAUCAAGUCUCAACAGCAGUAGGAGGGAGAGUAUUACUACAAGCGGUCGUUCAAAUGUAUCAAAUUCAACGUCAAGGUCACCAGAAAUAUACAAGGAUUUUAGUGAAAACAUGAGUUAUGGCGAAAAUAAUGAAAUAAAUGAUCCUUGUAAAUCGGAUACACUUGCAAAUUCUGCAACAGUUAAUACCACAAACCUGAGUGACGAGGUGAAAAAAAGUGAAUUAAAAGAAAAUUGUCCAAUACUAAGAAGAGGCUCACGAGGCAGUGUUGUGUCAGAGAAUUCAAUCAGUAACUGCAGUAACAAGUCAAAUAGCACUCCUACUAGGAAUUUGGAAUCCAGUAUUGCAAAGACGCUCAAUAAAUUGGCCAACGAAGAUCCAAUUAGUGACAUAGAGCAGAGUGUGGCAAGUGAACUAUUGGACUCGAAUGAAAUGGUAAAUGAUGAUGAAAAUGAAAUGCCGAGGCUGUGUACUAAGAACGAUGAAGGAGAGGACGGUUUGGAGUCUGAUAGCAUGAAUACCACAAUUGAAGUUGGAGUUAAUAAUGAAGAUCUGGACGCAAAGAUGAUGAAAUUGAAUAAAAUGAGGAGGGAAAAGCUUGAAAAGAAACGAAUGAAAAUGGAGAAGCUGGAAAACGAACGCCUGAACAAGUUCAACAACUCGCUCAUCGAGAACCACCUUUACAGAAAGUUUAAGCUGAUCAACAGGUUCGGUGUCGUGGCAAACGACUCGGUGGUUGCGACGCCCUUUGGGAACUAUAAGCUUAACUUCCUGGGCCUGGGCGAGGAGUACCCGAUCUUCUCGGAGGACCUUGGGGACUUUGACUUCAGGGAGCUCAUUAAGGGCGUCCUCGUGGCCCUGAAGUACACGCAGCAGGUCUUGGGGUACAUUUGCACGUUCGCUGAGAAGAUUCGGUUCUCACUGGACACUGGGUACUACCCGACCACCGUUUUGAGUAUAUUCCUGCUACUGAUAACGCUCGUACCACUAUCCAUGCUUCUGAGACUGCUGAGUAUGAUUUCGUUGCGAACAGCGAGGUUCGGCUUGUUCUUGUACAUUCUGGCCACGUGUAUGAAGCCGCACCUGCGCGUCAUGAUCUCUGACAUUAAAUAUUUCCUUGGGAAGGUUUUGAGAAUUAACUUGACUUCUGGAAAGUCCAAUUUCUUCUUGUGCAGCAUCAUCUCAAAUUGGCUCAGGAAGAGGCUUUCUCUCAUCUCGAUGUUUUACCGCAACUGGCUCUUGGGGCUUCCCGAUCACCGCGAGGUGGACCACCGCAAGAUCUGCGCUCUUCAGAACCUCCCGUCGCUAUGUCACCUGCUCCCCAAGGACUACGAAAUAGACUGGCGCUACUUCCGACGCCAGUUCAAGAACCACUACAAGCUCCUCGGGUCAAACGUAACCACCCCUGAGGGUGACCUAAACGCGUACGCGAAGUGCAAGUCGCUCAUUGAGAGGACGGUGCUUGACGAGUAUCUCACCAGCAGCAUUCACAGGGACCAAAACAGAGAGUAA